AUGGCGAUCCAGCCGGCUUGGGCUGGUCUGCUCGGUCAGUUGACGGGACCGUUGUCCCGCGACGCCGAGUCCGAGUGCAGUCGGCAUGGCGUCGAGUUGGCCUUCACUCGUCUCUGGCGUCUGCUCGUCUUCGAGGCGGGUCGGGCCGAUCAGCUGGAGGCGCUGGCGGCUGUCGGACUCUGCCUCGACACGGCUUGGGUCACGCAUUCGGGUCAGCCGCCGCGGUUGCACCUCUGCGUCGGCCAGAACCUGGUCGGCCGGAGUCUGGUCGACGAGUGGCUGCCGCAGCCCGAGAUGGGGAUGGGGAUCGGGAUCGGGAUCAGAAACGCGACUCCGACCAUUGGCCAGCUCUGCGCUCAGGUCGACCGACUCCUCGGCCAACUACCGCGUCGGCCAGAUCUCGUCACUCUCGUCCGGUCCGUUCGUGACGGAUACACUCCGCACGACCGCCAGCCGGACAUUGAGGCCGCCAUUUUGGACGUGCUCGAGCGCAGGCUCGGGCUGGGGCCGACCGACACUGUCUACUCGAAACAUCUGCUCGGCGGUGUCCGUGGCUGGGCGCGCCGGCCCGGUCGAGCCCUGCGACCGAGUCCGGUCUUUUGA